GACAGAUUCACAACAGGUCUGAUCUGUUACGUGCAUAUUGUGUCGCGUUGCCAUCUGCUCUGUUUGUGCCUACUUCCUUUUGUGUCGCUCUCUGUUCUGCACACUAUUGGUUUUUUAAGUCUGCUGCUGUUUAUCAAUGGAUAAGUCAUGGAUUAUGAAACCACAAACGUCGGCUGCAUACGAGCAAGGGAUAGUGGAAUUUAUUAAUUUUGCCUUUAAAGACGAAGUGGAAAAUGGUGAAGUAAUAUGCCCUUGUAGAGUUUGCCGUUUCAAAAAACCGCAAAGUAGGAGCGUAAUGUUCGACCACCUAAAGUGGUCACCAUUUCCAAAGGGGUACACUGUUUGGCUGCAUCAUGGGGAGUCCUUGGGAGAAACUAGUAGCGUCCCAACUAGUACUAUUCCAAAUAUAGGUCAAGACACGGUGGUUGUUGAAGAUCCUAUUCAAAACAUGAUAAAUGAUGCGUUUGGAGUUGAUAGGGAUCAGACAAAUGCGGAACCCAUUGCAUCAAAUGUGGAGAUUGAUCGAGAUGAAGAUGUGAUACCAAGUGUAAGUGAAGAAAGGAAUGAAGCCAAAGAAUUCUAUGAACUAACUAGAGAUGCAGAACAACCUUUGUAUGAAGGGUGUACAAGAUAUUCAAGAUUGUCUUUUUUGUUAAAGUUGUAUCACAUCAAGUGUUUGUGUGGGUUGAGUGAUAAGUCGUUGACAAUGAUUUUAGAGCUAUUAAAGGAUGCAUUUGAAUUUGCAAGUAUUCCAAGUUCGUUCUAUGAAGCAAAGAAAACAAUUACAAAACUUGGUAUGAAUUAUGUGAAGAUACCUGCAUGUCCCAACGAUUGUAUGCUUUAUUGGGGUGAAGAUGAAGAGAGGGAGACCUGUAAAAUUUGUAACACUUCAAAAUGGAAAUCAGGGGAAAAGGAUUGUGUUGUCAAUAAUCGGAAAAAAGUUCCAGCAAAAGUUCUUCGUUAUUUCCCAUUAAAACCUCGAUUGAAAAGACUGUUUUUUUCAUCAAAGACUGCCGAGGAUAUGAGAUGGCAUGCAGUUGAUAAUAACAACGAUGGAAUGAUGAGGCAUCCUAGAGAUUCUGAAGCUUGGAAACAAUUUGACCUGAAACACACUUGGUUUGCAUCAGAUCCGCGAAACUUGCGUCUUGCAUUAGCUAGUGAUGGCUUUAAUCCAUUUGGUGUAAUGAGUUCAAAUUAUAGCAUUUGGCCAGUUGUGCUCAUCCCAUACAACACUCCUCCAUGGUUGUGCAUGAAAGAUACAUCUUUUAUAAUGUCGAUGAUAAUUCCUGGUAAGUAUUCGCCAGGAAAUGAUAUCGAUGUCUACUUACAACCUUUAGUCAAGGAGUUGAAGGAGUUAUGGACAACUGGUGUGGACACAUAUGAUUCUUUUAAGAAAGAGGUGUUCACAUUACACGCAACCUUGAUGUGGACGAUUAGUGACUUUCCGGGGUUAGGUAUGCUUUCUGGUUGGAACACAUACACCGGUUUUGCAUGUCCUUCGUGUAACACCGACACUGAACCUUGUCGUCUUCAAAAUAGCAGUAAAUGGUGUUUUAUGGGUCAUCGUCGUUACCUUGAUCGGAGACACAGAUUUAGAUUGAACAAGGUUCGCUUUGAUGGUGAGCAAGAAAUGCGUAGUCCACCGGUAACAUUAUCUGGACAUCAAGUUCUUGAACAGGUUGAAAACAUAAAGGUCAUUUUUGGUAAAAAGCCAAAGAAAGCAGGGUUGGGAAAAAGAAAAGGCAAGAAACAACCUACACAAGGUGACCCUCCAAACCAGAAAAAAAGGACAGGCAAGAGGCAAUCUACAAAAGAUGACCCUCCAAUCUGGAAGAAGAAAAGCAUAUUCUUUGAACUUCCAUAUUGGAAGGACAAUCUUCUGCGUCAUAAUCUUGACCCGAUGCACAUCGAGAAAAAUGUGUUGGAUAAUAUCAUAUAUACUUUGCUUAACGAUAGUUCAAAGAGUAAAGACCAUGUUGAUGCUCGUAGAGACCUUGAAGUUAUGGGCAUAAGAUCUGACCUUUGGUGCAAUGAAAAUGGAAAAAUUUCUCCGGCAAUUUUUACUUUGACUGGUAAAAGUAAGAGGGACUUUUUAACAAUUUUAAAGAAUAUCACAGUGCCUGAUGGUUAUUCAAGCAACAUUUCUAGAUGCAUUGACUUAGAAGCUCUUAAGUUGAAAGGAACGUUGAAGAGUCAUGAUGGCCACAUAUUGAUGGAACAACUUCUACCAUUAGCCAUUCGGACAACAUUACCUACUGAAGUUUCAGCAGUAUUGAUCGAGUUAUGCUCAUUCUUUAGACAACUAUGUGGUAAAGUAUUGAAAGUUGAAGAUUUGGAAAAAAUGCAAAAUCAAAUUAUCCUCACUUUAUGCCACAUGGAAAUGAUAUUUCCUCCAUCAUUCUUCACUGUCAUGGUUCACUUGGUUGUUCACCUUGUUGAAGAAGCUAAACUUGGAGGUCCCGUUCAAUAUCGAUGGAUGUAUCCUAUCGAAAGGUACAACCAGAAGGGUCUAUUGCAGAAGGGUACAUCAUACAUGAGAUUCUUACAUACGGUUCAAGAUGAUGAGCCUAUUAAUGAUGUACAAUUUGACCCGCGUGUAACCGAAUUAUUUCCUAGAGUUGGAAAACCUGUUGGUGGAUCUUCACGUUACACUCUUACACUGAUUGAAAAGUUACAAGCUCAUAGACAUGUUUUAACAAACUGCCCUAUAGUUGAGGACUAUCUAAUGCAGUACAGAAGUAUCAUACGAGGUCAGCUAAGGAGUAGUGCAAGGACUACUUCUGAGGUAGACAAGAAGGUUCAUAAAGAGUUUGCUUGUUGGUUCUUCAAUCGUAUCUGCAACAAUCUUGACACCAUUGAUGGACCAGAUAAAGAUGUUCUCAUUAGUCUUGCUCAAGGUCCUUUUGAUAAAGUAAGAAGGUUCACUGCAUACAAUGUCAAUGGAUUCAAAUUUCGAACAAUGGCGCGAGACGAGUUAUUAAAAACACAAAACUGUGGAGUUUUUGGCAUGUUUGGGACGCGAAGUUAUUCAAGCAAUAGUGAUGCCCAAAUGAGAUUUGGAGGGGUGCCUUACUAUGGAAGAUUAAUAGACAUCAUUGAGCUUCGCUAUGAUGGCUUCACAGUGCCAAUGUUUAAAUGUGAAUGGGCUAAUACCACAAACCCAAGAAACAUUAAAAUAGAUAAGUUGGGUUUUAAGUCUAUAAACUUUACAAGAUUAACACAUACUGGACAACAUGAAGAUGAUGAGCCAUUCAUUAAAGCGUCAGAAGCUCAAAUGGUUUAUUAUGUGGAUGAUGAGAAGGAAGAAGGAUGGAGUAUACCUGUUCAUUUGAAGCCAAAAGACUUGUAUGACAUGGGUGGAAAUGAUGAAAUUAUGGCCCCCACUGAGCCAUACCCAUCACAAAAUUUAGAACAAAUAUUCUCUAAUGAUACCACACAUAUACAAUUAGCAAGACCGACUACAUAUGAUGAUGAUUGCUAAGAAGUCUAUGUAGUUGGGUUAACCCCGAUGUACUUGUGAUUGUUAUACAAUUAAUGCAAUGAAGUGUUACUUUUGCUAGUUUUUUA